AUGUGUAAGUCGCAACUCGGCCUUAAUUUGCGCCGCGUCCGGAUUUUCCUGUCGGGCAACGUCGACGGCGGUAGAACAAAACACGGCUCUCAGCCCUCGGUUUCGAUCAAACGUCAGGCGGCGCGUUUGGUCUUGAGGGAAGGACCUCCGCCGAGGCCCGACAAUCCGCGCCUGCAUGGAGACACGCCGCCUCCUCUCAAUGACAUUGUUAGAGGAAUCUACAAAGAGAAUAAUAUCAUGUUUAAAGUUCGGGCCGGUCCGGACGGAGGGAUCUUGGAAUCCACAGUAAUCACAUUACCGCUAGAGUGCAAACAGAUAGCGGAAGGCGAGACUCAAACUCUUGACAGACAGUGGCGCUUUGCUCGCCGAGGCGGAUGCCGUUUGCGCAGGUCGGCGGGACUCGGGCAUCGAGGAAUGCGAUCGGCUGUGGCUUCUCGCUCCUCACGGGUCCCGAAAAUGCAACCGGGCUUAUCGAGGCAUUCCACUUGUCGCCAUCAGAACAUUCGCGUGCGGACGGUGAGAGGUCAGCAGUAUCGCUGCCAGUCCGGCAUCAAGUUUCACGGCGGCUUAGAGCAGCGAUUCAUCCUGGUGGACUGCCGCAGCGUUUUGUACGGAACCUACAGCUACACGUGGUCCUUUGAGAAGAUCAACGUGAGCAUGGUACUGGUGGUCACCGGUCAGCUGGUGAGCUCCUACGACGAAGAGUUCCGCCGCCUCUACGCUCGCUCGACCGUCCCCGAAGCGCUGCACAAGGAGCGCUCGCACGUGGAGUACCUGAGAGACGCGGCGCCGCUGCGCAGUCCAAACUCCAGCCAACUUUCGCUGCAUCAACUUCACGUGAGAUCCCGAGGGACUCGCGGUUUGAGGGGUUUGGCUCAGGACGAGCUCUUGACCAGGGGCCUCAGCGUACAGGACCGCCUACAUCUGUCCCACUUUUCCGACCACAUGACAAGAGGCCAGAGUUUUGGUGGAGACCUGCAGAAGUUAAACCCCAUGACUCGGCUCAGGAUGGGGACCAGAGAGGUCGGAGCGCCCGUCGUUCCGGACGGGGCCGGCUCUAGUCUGCUGGCGCCCGCCAGGAUGUCUCACCAGCAUGUUCGACACCAAGGCCGAUACGGCCUGGACCAGAAUCUGAUCCCUUUCAACUCUGAGACCUCCCUCCACAGGUGGAAGAUGGACACGUACCUGAACAGCCAGGUGAACCUCGACGGAUCGUGCGACGCCUUGUCCCCGCUCACGUCGCCAUACGGCAGCCGCGCGGUCCUGAACGACCACCGGCCGCGAGGGAUCAACAACAGAUCCAGGGACAUCAAGUCCCGCUUGGACGAGAUGCGGCAGAAAAGACUCAGUUAUCAGGAGUACGACAGUCUCAGGCACAGCCAAGAAUCUCUGCGAUCCAUGUAUCAAAGUCUGGAUCGGCCCAAGUUCAAGUCUUCGUUGAGAGGCCUGGACGUGCGGCAGAACGUCGCGGAGGAGGCCGGCGGGCCGGAUGAUGCCAACCGCCGAAACCUCGAUUCAAACCGGGCCGACGACGGCGACCGCUCCGCCUCAUACUUUGACAUCCAAACGAGUCCCGAGCAAAAGGCCGGCCCCGCGUACGAGUGGUACGAGCCCAUCGCCAGGACCCCUUCGGCCGCCCAACUGGAGGACAAACUCAAAGACUCCUCCCUCAAGUACCCCGGUGGUCUGCAGCGCCCCAGAACCAUGGAGUCCCUCAUUGAAAUCCCCGAGGAGAAAGAGGUUUGCGGCAAUCCUGUCCUGACUGCCGCUGUUCUCAAAGACCGGAACAGCGGAAACGAAGACAAGACUUCCAAAAUGCACUUGACUGAGAAAAAUUCCGGAUCUCAGGAGGCCAAGUCGGGGCCUCGAGAAACAAACAAGGCGCCUUCUCACGAGAAGGGAACUCUUCCAAAGACCUUAACUGCCGGCGAGGUGAAAGGCCAUCAUCAUCGGGAGGAGUUCCCGCUUCAGCGGAAGAAAUCCACCCGGCUCAAAGGCUCGGAGGAAAAGAAGGCUUCCAAGAAGGAGGAGAAAUCCCUCCAAAGGAAGGCAUCGCUGCGAUCGCAGAACUCCUGCAGCUCAAACUCGCGGGCGUCCCUUUUGGCAAAAGCGUCUGCCACCGAGCACAGGAGCAGCCAGAGCUCGGCGGUGGAGAACGAAAAGCCAAAGUCUUCCUUCACCUUCCACCGACUGUCCUCUCAACGCUCCAGCAAGCGAAAGUCCAACCCGGCCGCGGCGGGGCCGCAGCAGGGCUCCCGGGAGAAUCUGGAAGAGCAGGGAAAGGGGGCCUACGAGAGCCGGCGGGAAAAGGCCUGCAGUCGCUACGAGUACCUGCUACAUUCUCGGGUCCCUGCGCACAAAGCCAAGCGAGGAGGUGGAGGGCAACCCCCAAACAGCCCGACACAAAGUGGCGCCGACAACAGACUGGGACGAUUCAUGCAGCGGGUUGGGAACCUCAUCGGGAAGAACAAGUAGAACAUCGGAAGAAGGGCCAAUCGUGUCAAGGAGGCUGACCGUGGCGCCGCUUAAAAGUUAGGUACCGUAGAAUCGUGACUUUUUCACAUCGCGUAUGCAAAUAUCGGUGUGCCUUGUGUCCCAGCCGUUCACUGUGAAAAUUAAACAAUCAAGUCGA